AUGGUGCCUUACGCGGCGGUGCGGCCGCUGCUUCUUCCGCGGCAAAUUGGCUUCGUGUCUACUCUCAGCAACAACGGGGUAUUUCCAUUUUUAAAACAUGGAGGACAACAUUCGCUGCUUCGUACGGGCAACAACGGGGUCGGCUCCGUGGGCGGAGCCGUGCGCCCGUUCAGCAGUUUCAAUCACAAUAUCGGCCCGCACAAGUCAGAUCCCCCAGCGAGCGAGAAACCCCUUUAUUUAAACCGUUUUGACCAGGCAGAUGACCCUGCCCUUUUCCAGCUUGAAGCACAACAGCUGGAACAACAACGAUUGUUGAAGGGGCAAACGUCAGACAUCGUGGAUACAGCGGACGUAGUGCAGCCAUCCAACCAUCCCCACCAACGGAAGGGCUUCCUUAAGCGCAUGCGUUAUUGGCACUACCAUCAGACUGCAGAGCCAACCUUUCCCCGUACUCCAGACCUCAGCAAGGGGGAACUGGCUGCUGGUGCCACGGUGGUGCGAACCUCUGUGUGGGCUAACCCGGACGAGCCUGCUGUUGUGUCUGUGGGCCGGUUUGCGCCUGAUAACUUUCGGGCUGCUGGGUAUGCUGAGAAUGCGCCAAAUCCCACGAGCAUCAACAGCGACGCACACCCAGACUUCAGGGACUACAGGCUGGGCAGCGGCUCUCCUGACAGGCGGCCCUUUAUGUACUUUUUGAGCGCGUCCUACUUUUUUAUUGGCGCAAGCAUGAUGAGGAGCCUUUUGUGCAAAAUGGUCCACUUUUGGUGGGUUAGCAAGGACCUCAUGGCUGCGGGGACCACUGAAAUAGAUUUGAGGCCAAUUGAAGUGGGCACAACGGCUGUCUUUAAGUGGAGAGGCAAGCCAGUGUUCGUCCGCCACAGGACGCCUGAAGAAAUUGAGCGUGCCAGGGCGGAUGACCUCGUGAUAGGAACAAUGAAGGAUCCACAGACGGAUGCGGAGCGCUGCCCUCGGCCAGAAUGGCUCAUCAACAUAGGUGUCUGCACUCAUCUGGGCUGCAUUCCCAUUGAGGGCGGCAGUUACCAAGGUUGGUUCUGCCCCUGCCAUGGCUCUCACUACGAUAUUUCAGGCCGCGUUCGGCAGGGCCCUGCUCCAACGAAUCUUGAAGUACCGGAGACAGUCUUCCUAGAUGACCUUACGGUGAAACUGGGCUGA